UUAUCUGAAUUGGUACGGCAGGAUAUGACAUGAAAAUGAUAAAAGGGUCCAUAGACCUCCCAAUCGUAGGUCGGAAAAAUAUAUUGUAUGCUUCGUGUAUUCUGCGUCCAUGUCUAUUUUGUAGUAGUAACUGUUUGAACCAUUCUCGAACGUACAUGACACAUAUUGGCCGUACGCCAUUGUCCUCUCAACCAAUACAAGAAAAUGUAUUGUGAUUAGUUACAUUUUUGACAAGAAGUCAAUCAAUCGAAUAAUAAAUGUCUAAUCCAUUUCGUUGUAUAAAAUCAAAACGCAGAUAAUUUUCCUUUCAAUGAAAAUAUUAUUCAGCACUUGAAAAAAAUAACGUCAAUAUAUAUGUAUGUUAAUGUUAUACAAUCUACAAAUAUAAAUAUAUCUAUUAUCAGGAACAUAUGUACACAUGCAAAGUCAUAAGAAGAUAAUAUUUUACAUGCAACUCAAAAAUGACGAAUCCCAAUAUUUACGAAGCAGUCAUACUUUAAAACAGAAUCUUGAUAUCUAUUUUGAGUUAUACAAAAUGUGUUAAUCGUUUAUUUAUAUCACAACUGUGCUGCAUUUCCAGUUAACCGGUCACUGUAACAGUGUGUAAUUUAAAAUAAUGUACUAAAUUAAAACUGUCAAACAAGACGUGUUUACGAAAUAAUGGAAGAGAUUUGGUUCCACCUAUCAAAUCAAUUCGAGACACUUCAGAUUCAAACCUCGUUACUUGCACAACAAGGGCAACAAUGGAUUAUAACAUUGUUAACUCAAGCACGUCAAGUUUUUUACAAAUUACACGAAAACCAAAACAUGCAAAAUGUCAAGGACAUUGUACAACAUAUACUUAUUUGGAUUGAAAAUGCUUGGGAACAAUUGCAAUUUCAAUAUUAUAAUGCACACAUUAAUGUCAGAGGACUUUACAAACAAAUAAAGAGUUUAUAUAACAAUGAAGUGUCAAAAAGAGAACUUGCAUUUUGUCUAGCAGGUUUAAUUGUUGGUACUUUAAUUGGUUAUUAUAUUGGAAUCAAUUGGGGGCAUGUAUCUCAUCAUAUGCAUCAUAUAAAAGCUGUAAUAUGUCACCAUUACAUUGGUAUUGAGGGUGUAUCUAUGAUAGAUGAUGCAGAAAUGCCUAUAAUUGAAAGAUCUAAUGAAUUAUUGGUACAAGUUAAAGCAGCUUCUGUUAAUAUUGUUGAUACAAAGAUAUGUUAUGGUUACUCCAAAAUUUACAGAAGACUCCUCAAUUCUGGUAAACACAAAGAACUACCAGUGACAUUAGGCAGAGAUUGCACUGGAAUAGUGGUAGGUAUAGGACAAAAUGUUAUCAAUUUUGAUAUUGGAGAUGAAGUAUUGUUAGCUGUACCUUCAUGGGCUCCUGGUACAAUGGCAGAAUAUAUAGUUGUCCCAGAAAGUCAAGUAGUUAAACGACCGAAACUUUUUACCUUUGAAGCAUCUGCAAGUCUACCCUACAGUGGAUGCUUAGCCUGGGAUGCCUUGGUUAAUAGAUCUGCAAUUCAAGAAGGCAAUGCAAAAGGAAAACGAGUACUUAUAUAUGGUGGAAAUACCCCUGUUGGUUGUAUCUUAACUCAAUUAGUUAAGUUAUGGGGUGGAUAUGUAGUUACAAUGUCUAGACCAAAUGCAAUUCCUGUAUCAAAAGCUUUAGGAGCAGAUGAUGUUAUAGCACUAGACGAUUCAGAUGUAGAAAAAGAGUUGCAAUUACAUGAUAAAUUCGAUUCUAUAUUUUAUACUGGAGGACAACCAAUUGACGAACGUAUAUUAAAGCAGCACUUAAUGCCUUAUGGUUCUUAUGUCUCGACUGUUCCCGAACAAUUAACAUCUGACUCAUUAGGUUUCAUAUUUGGAAGCAUAUUUGCUGGAUGUGUACGAAUAAAGUUACUAGUUCAGUACGUGCUUGGAUUUAAUAUGCAUCAGUGGAAAGAAGGUUCGAAAAUGAAUGCAACGUACUUGCAGGCAUUGUGCGAUUUAGUUGACGCUGAUCAAUUACAGAUGGUUGUAGACAGGGUGUAUGGACCUUACAAUAUCGAACAAGCAUUAUAUCAUAUACUAGAUCCCAAUGCUAUUGGUAGUACUAUAAUAACAUUUCAGUGACAAUUGAAUAUUAUGUGUAGAAAAGAUUUCAGUUAUAUAAAUAUCAGUUUCUUUUAUUAA